AUGCGGGACGCGGGAAUCACACCUCAAUCAAAGCAUCAGACGCGGGUCAAACAGCGCGAGCCUUUCGGCUCAACGAUGCUGUUUGCGUCAGUGGUAAUGUAUAUUGGGCAAGUGAUGAAGGAUAUUUUAAAGCUGCCGCGUCCUCCAUCUCCCCCUGUGGUCAAACUGGAAACGCGUGUGGAUGCAGAGUACGGGAUGCCAUCCACACACGCCAUGGCAGCGACGGCCAUCUCAUUUACGCUGCUUCUCAGUGCCCAGGAGAGAGUGAAGUUCCCGUUUGAACUGGGACUGAUUGUGGCCGUGGUUCUGUCUGCGCUGGUGUGUCUGAGUCGUCUUUAUACUGGCAUGCACUCUGCUCUGGAUGUAAUCUGUGGCGUUGUAAUUUCAGCUGUCAUUAUGGCUGUGUCGUACCCAUACUGGGGAACCAUUGACUACCUGCAGCUGCACAAUCCUCUCUCCCCUGUGGUGGGGGUGGUUCUGCCCCUCUUCCUGUCCUAUAAGUACCCCGAGCUGGACCAUUACAGCACCACACGGGGGGACACCACUGUUAUUUUAGCAUGCUGUUCGGGAUGUUCAGUUGGAUACUGGGUGAAUGAGCGAUUGGGCUUGACCUUUGACCUAGCCGGGCCUUUUCCAGUGACCCUACCACCGCUGACCCUCGCGGCCUUGGGUCUCGGUGUGGCACGGUUCCUGGUCGGGUUAGGGAUGCUGGUCCUGACCCGGCAGACGGUGCGCUGGGCGAGUCUGCGGGUGCUCUGUCGAAUUAACGGAGCAUCUGUGAAUGACGUCGAAGCACGCAGAAGGAAAGAGAUCGAGGUGCCGUAUAAGUUCAGCACGUAUGUUGCCAUCGGACUGGUCAACAGUAUCUUAGUGAACAGAGUGUAUGUGAUGAUGGGACUCUGGGAUUUGGGAAAUUCGGUGUAAUUUCACAGUGUUUACAGGGAAGUUUGAACAGAAUCUCGCUCCGUAAUUCAUUCUCAGGGAGAAAUUCACUUUAGUCUUUGUUCAGGAAUGGUUGGCACAUAAAAGGGCCUUUCG